UAACUAGUUCAAUUGUAUUAUCGAACUGAACAAAAUCAGUAAAAAGGAAUUAUAAAAAAUGUCUUCAAACUUUCGUUAUCAUAUUUUAAAGAGCGUCAAGCCUUACUCAAUAUAUAUUCCACAGUUAACUAAAUCAGCGCUACGAGUAUUAAUCCAAGUAUCUGUGCAUUAUAUAGAAACAAAAAAGUCGUCUCCCGAUGUUUUAGCCCUUGCAAUAAACAAACUAAAAAAUGCAGGUCACGAAGUACCCAAGAAUUUCUGUGAGUUGUUUACAAUGGUCUUGCUAAUAAUGCAAAUUUAUUUGCGAUAUUCAAAAGGCAUUGUAAAGGAUCAUGAACUACGUCAAUGCUUAACUGACGAUUUGAGCCUGCCAGAUACCUGUGUGGAGGAUCUUGCUAAGGUGCUCCUAAACCAUCGCACAACGCUAAGUAAAAACUUUGCGGAUACUAAAAUGGAAAGAGCGAAAAUGCUAGACAUGCAGUGGCGAAUUAAUAUUUCAUUGACCUCCAAGAUGGCUCAACUGGAUAAACCUACCAUAGUGCUGCACUUUAAAUUAGUAAAUGGGGAAUACCGAACUUUGGAAUUGCCAUUAUCCAUGUUUCAACGCUUGCGUUACAAUGUGGCCAUGUUACUAAGCGAAUUGCAAUCCUUGCAGAAUCGGCCUGUAUUAAAACAGUUCUAGUAAAUGAAAUACUCGUAUAUAUAUUUAUUUAUUUUCCAUUUGUAUAAGUGUUAGCAUUUUAAUAUCAUUAAUGGGGAAGCAGGCUCAGAUUACGGAUAACAAAUUAUAUUAGUAUUAUUUGGUACGUAUAUUUCUUUGUUGAUUAAUAAUAAAAAAAUUUAAUAAAAUAUUUCUUUUGAAAUUCGUAAA